UGUCACAUAAAUUUAAAGUAGGUAGGUACCUGCUAGAAUACUUGAGUGAUACUUGAAAGUUUUCGAUAACUUUAAAUUCGUCCCUAAGUCAUAAAUAAUGUUUUUAAUGUGUAGAGCCGUUCUGCAACCACUUGAAAUAUCCUUUUUUUUACUUGUCACGGCUUUUUAAGUCGACGCGCCUUACCUCACAACAGUUUUAGAAGUUUGCCGGAUCGCAGUGAUUUUUAAUAUUCUUAACUUUUGAGGCUAUUAUUUAUUUUACAAGAAAACUAUAUAAUGUCGUAAGUAGAAAGUGUUUACUUAUAAUACCAAGUACUGGGUGGACCUGAAGGCCAAAAUAAAACGUAAAAAUAGAACAAUUCGAGAGAGCAUCAGCAGGACAGGAGGGGGCCCGCCAAGUGGGGAAGAGCUAACAGAAAUUGACAUAAAAUUUUUAAGUAUCCUUGGUGAGGAAUAUGGCAUGGGUUUACCAGCGGUGCAGGUGAACCCAUUGCAGGAUGAUAUGAGACCUGAAGCUGGCCCCUCUGGCAUUCGAGGUAUUGAAGUCGAAUCCAUUACAGAAGAAUGGUUAGAAGUUCCUUCUAGUGUAUCUCAAACUGUUAGUUCUAUCGAGGCAGAUUCUCUACCUGCAGAUGUAGAAAUUACUACUGCAUCAUCAGAUCCUUCACAAAGCCACGCAGCAGCUGUCUCUGAUGAGGCUGUCGGCGUCGAAGUACCUAGUGUGGUACAGGCUGAAGCCCCGCCACAACCUAGGCGACGGCGCCGACGUGCUCAUUUAACAGCUGCAGAAGCAAGGGUGCAAAUAGUUGAAGCUGCACGACAGAGGGCUGCUACUGAAGCUGCAAAUAGUUUAAUACUUCAGGAAGCUAUUUGUCUCUUCCGUGAAUUAGUGGCUAUAAUUAGAAGGUAUGGCGAAGAGCCCAGAGACGUGCCACAAGAUCCCGCCGUGUAGAUAUACCACGUUGAAGCUCAAUGUUGUGUUGCCCAGCUGGUUCAUGAAGAGCUUCCACUGGUGGUUGUUGUGCAACUUCCCUUGCUUGCUCUUCUUCUGUCAACCUUACUUCAGGCAAGUUGUUUUCAUUACAAAUAUUGUGCAAUAUUACACAAGCAUUUGUAAUGAAGCCAGCAACCUGUGGUUGAUAAUGCAACACCCUGUGGCACAAGAGACACCGGAAACGUGCUUUGAGAAGACCUAUAGUUCUUUCUAUCACAUUCCUAGCCUUUACA